AUGGCGUGGACAAGCCGAACCGGGGCGGGCCCCUCCGCACCGAGCGAUCGCGGCAAGAACACGAGCUGCGGCCUUACCCAUUGCGCCGGGCGGCGCGGCCGUCCCGCAGGACGCGAGGCAAAAACUCCGCUCGCUAUUGGCCAGCGGAAAAGCGCCUUCUCCUUUCUAUUGGCUCACCACGGCGGGCAGAGAGGUUUUCUACCCAGCAAUCGUGACGACAGCGCGCCUCUCACCGCCCAUUGGGCGGCGGCGGAGCGUGGCCGCUUGACUGGCAGCUCACCCCGUCGCUACGGUCAGCAUCUGCUCGGCUCGGGGAGCGUGCCGCGCUUCUUGGGCGGGCGGGGGCUGAAGAUGCAGUUCAGCGUCCUUGCCGGAUCUGGAAGCGCGGAGCGAGACAGGGAGGGAGUCGCUACCGGUGCCAGCCCAUGGAGAGUUCUGUGGUUAUGGGUUCCGAGGCGGGGGCGUGGCGGGAAGGCAGUGCCGCGGCGGAGACCGGGCAGGGCGGCACCAGCGCAGAUCCGCGCCGAGGGGCUGCACUGUGACUAUCGCAUCCUCUUCGCCAAGGCCGAGGCCGACGAGAUCUUCCAGCAGCUGGAGGAGGAGGUGCAGUAUUUCGAAGGUGACCUGACAAAAUUGCACAUAUUUGGCACGUGGCACAACAUCCCAAGGAAGCAGGUGACCUACGGAGACCCUGAGUUGUCCUACACUUACUCAGGUGUGACCUUCCAUCCCAAGCCAUGGAUCCCAGUCCUGAACCGCAUCCGGGAGCGAAUCACUCUGGCCACAGGACACACCUUUAACUUUGUCCUUAUCAACAGGUACAAAGACGGCCUGGACCACAUCGGGGAGCACCGAGAUGAUGAGAGCGAGCUGGUUCCCCGCAGUCCCAUUGCAUCCGUGUCCUUUGGAGCGUGCAGGGAUUUCAUCUUCCGGCACAGGGAUUGCAGGAGGAAGGGGGUGAAACGGGGCCUGGAGCGGAUCAAGCUGGAGCUGGCCCACGGCAGCCUCCUCAUGAUGAACCACCCCACCAACGUGUACUGGUACCACAGCCUGCCCCCCAGGAGGAGGGUCAUCACCCCCAGGGUCAACCUCACCUUCAGGAAAGUCAUGGCUGGGGACAGAAAGAGAAAUAUCCACCCAUCAGUGACUUCUGACUGAAAACAGAAGCUUUAGUUCCUGGUGGACCUGUUGGUUCCUCAUUCAAACACUGGCUGUGGUGAUCCAAGGGACUGGAUGAGCAAACUGAACUGAGAGACAGUGGACUUGGUAAUUGCUAAUAAAGCCUGUGACCACUGAUCUCGAUGCCAAGAUGGCUUUCCCUCUGUGAAAUGCUGCUGAUAAAUAUUUUUGGUAAAUAAUACCUUUGUUUUGCUCAGGAGGAAGUUUGUUCUCAGCUGAUCUUAAUCUAAUUAGUGCUCCUAAAAAAUUAAAAUACUCCAUAGCCUCGAGUUACAGUUUACAAACACUAUACAGCACAAGCUGUAAUCAUUUAAAGCUGAUACUCUUUAGCAGGUGACACUUUCUGUAUUCUCUCUCAAUGAGCUUUAGAUUGUUUGGGUUUUUAUUUAAAUAAAGUACAAAUGAGACUGACAUGGA